AUGGGGUUAAGAUUAAGCAAAAAAUUCUCGCCAAAAGGCGGGUUUAUGAGUAGAACGGCUCAUUUCGGUCUGACGGGUAAGAAGUUGCGUUAUGUCAUCACCACGACGGCGAUGACUGGUUUUUCGCUUUUUGGCUACGAUCAAGGUCUGAUGGCUAGUCUGAUCACAGGUGACCAGUUCAAUUACGAGUUUCCAGCAACUAAGAACAAUGGAGAGGGCGACACACAUACCAGUACAGUUCAGGGUGCUGUUACUUCGUGUUACGAGUUGGGUUGUUUUUUUGGAUCUCUGUUUGUUAUGUUUUGUGGUGAAAGGCUCGGGAGGAAGCCUUUGAUUGUGUUGGGUUCUUUGAUCACUAUCGUUGGGGCUGCCAUUUCUACAUGUGCGUUUCGUGAGCACUGGGCGUUGGGCCAGUUUGUGAUCGGUAGAGUUAUUACCGGCGUUGGUACUGGUCUCAACACCUCGACGAUCCCCGUCUGGCAGUCCGAGAUGUCCGAUCCAAGCAUUAGAGGUCUGUUGGUUAACCUGGAGGGCUCCACGAUCGCUCUUGGUACCAUGCUUGCGUACUGGAUCAAUUUUGGGUUCUCUUACAUCGACAGCUCUGUGCAGUGGAGAUUCCCGGUGUCGUUGCAAAUUCUCUUUGCAUUAGUUCUUUUGGCGCUCAUCGUCAAUCUGCCAGAAUCGCCACGUUGGCUGAUUGCUCAAAGCAGAACCGAAGAGGCUCGUUACUUACUCGGACAACUCGAUGAGGUUGAUCCAAACGAUGAUCAGGUCAUCGCCGAAGUCGCUAUGAUCCACGAUACCGUCAUGAGGUCAAAGAGUGAGAAGAACUCGAUGUCUAACCUGUUCGCUCGUGGCAAGUCUCAAAACAGGCAAAGAGCUCUUGUUGCCGCCUCUACUCAGUUUUUCCAGCAGUUCACCGGUUGCAACGCUGCUAUCUACUAUUCCACCGUGCUUUUCGAAAAGACAAUACUUCUGAGUCCCAGACUCUCCAUGAUUCUCGGUGGUGUUUUCUCUACUGUCUAUGCGUUGUCCACAAUUCCAUCGUUCUUUCUAAUUGAACGUUUCGGUAGACGUAACUUGUUCCUAAUGGGAGCAGCUGGUCAAGCCGUUUCCUUUACCAUCACCUUUGCCUGUUUGAUCCACAGCACCAAGGAAAACGCUAAAGGUGCCGCUGUCGGUUUGUUCCUGUUCAUCGUCUUCUUUGGUAGUUCUAUUCUGUCCUUGCCAUGGAUUUAUCCGCCUGAAAUCGCCUCUAUGAAGGUCCGUGCUUCAACUAACGCGUUCUCCACAUGCACCAACUGGAUAUGUAACUUCGCCGUGGUCAUGUUCACGCCUAUCUUCAUCCACAGGUCCGGUUGGGGUUGCUACCUAUUCUUUGCGGUUAUGAACUACUUAUACAUCCCGGUAAUCUUCUUCUUCUACCCAGAAACUGCCGGUAGAAGCUUGGAAGAGAUCGACAUCAUUUAUGCCAAGUCCCACGAAGAAGGUACUCAGGCCUGGAGAGUCGCUGCUAACUUACCCAAGUUGUCGUUGCAAGAAAUCGAAGAUCACGCAAACGCACUCGGUUUGUACGAAGAUGACCUGGAGAAGGAAGAGUUUAUCGAAGAUAAGGCAGACGACAAUCGUGGAGCUCACGGCUAUGCCCUGUUCGCCAGAAACACACAAAACAACGCCGAAGACUCUUCUUCUGCAUCUGAGAAAGACCCUCGUACCGCCUCUCAAGGUGAUAUCUGA